GCCGAGGAGGAGUGGGAGAGGAGGAACAAGGUGCUGAACCACUUCAGCAUCAUGCAGCAGCGGCGCCUGCGGGACCAGGACGAGGAGGAGGAGGAGAAGGACAAGGGGAGGAAGGCUCCUGGCAAGGGCGGGGGGCUCCGGAUCCACGACCUGGAGGAGGAUCUGGAGCUGAGCUCCGAGGAGAGCGAGGGCAGCGAGGCCGAGGGGGAGAAGGCGGCGAGGCCGAAGGCGGCCGGGGGGAACGCGAGGAGGAGGAGGAAGAGGAAGGGCAGGAAAGGCUCCGAGGACGAGGCGCUGGAGGACAGCGACGACGGCGACUUCGAGGGCCAGGAGGUGGAUUACAUGUCCGACGGCUCCAGCAGCUCUGGCGAGGAAGACGCCGGCAAAGCCAAGGCGCCCAAGGAGGAGGAGGAAGGCCCGAAAGGCAUCGAUGAAGCGAGCGAGAGCAGCGAGGAGAGCGAGGAGGAGAAAGCGGAGGAGAAGGAGGAAGAGGAGGAGGGAAAAGCGACUCCCACGCCCCAGGAGAAGAAGAAAAAGAGAGAAAGCAGCGACGAGUCGCAGACGUCGGAGGAGAGCGACAUCGACAGCGAGACGUCGUCAGCGCUGUUCAUGGCGAAGAAGAAGACCCCCCCCAAACGGGAGCGCAGAGCCUCGGGCAGCAGCUCCAGGGGGGGCUCCCGGCCCGGGACCCCCACGGAUUUGGGGGGCACCGGGGGGACGCUUCGGGCUGCGGCUGCCAGGCUGGAGCAAGGCCGCCGGGCACCCGCAGGGGGCUCAGAACCCCCUCCCCAAAAACGCCUGAAGACAGAAGCCGGACCCCCGUCAGGAAAAUGCACCCCCCAGCCCCACUCCGGGAAAUCCACCCCGAGCAGCGGGGAGGUGCAGCUGACGGAGGAGGCCGUGCGCCGGUACCUGUCCCGAAAGCCCAUGACCACCAAGGACCUGCUGAAGAAGUUCCAGACCAAGCGCACGGGGCUGAGCAGCGACGCCACGGUGAACGCGCUGGCGCAGCUCCUGAAGCGCCUGGACCCCGAGCGCAAGCUCAUCGCCGACAAGAUGCACUUCUUCCUCAAAGAGUAGGGCGGGGAAAGGGGGGAAAUCCCCAUCCUGGAGGUGGCGGGGCGCGGAAAUCCGCGGGGAGACGCUCAGAAUGGGACAGGGAUCCGGGCGAAAUGUGUGGGGAGCCAGCUGAGAACCACGGGGAGACAGCCAGAGUGUACAGAAACUCAGCCAAAACCCAUGGAAAUCCACCCAAAAACCACGGGGAUCCACCCAAAAACUACAGAAACUCACCCAAAACCCACGGAAAUGCACCCAAAAACUACAGAAACUCACCCAAAACCCACGGAAAUCCACCCAAAAACCACAAGGGACCCCCCCAAAUCCCAUAGAAAUCCACCCGAAACCCACAGAGACCCCCUCAAAACCCACAGAGUCUCACCUAAAACCCACAGGGAUCCAUCCAAAACCCACGGAAAUCCACCCAAAAACCACGGAGAUCCACCCAAAAACUACGGAAACUCACCCAAAACCCACGGAAAUCCACCCAAAAACCACGGAGAUCCACCCAAACACCACAGAAACUCAGCCGAAACCCACAGUGACCCCCUCAAAACCCAGAGUCUCACCUAAAAUCCACAGGGAUCCAUCCAAAUCCCACAAAAAUUUACCCAAAACCCACAGGGAUCCACCCAAAAACCACGAAAAUCCACCCAAAAACCACAGGGAUCCCCCCAAAUCCCAUAGAAAUCCACCCAAACCCCACAGAAACUCAGCUGAAACCCACAGAGACCCCCUCAAAACCCACAGAGACCCACCCUAAAAUGCACGGAAAUUCACCCAAAACCCACAGGGAUCCACCCGAAAACCACAGGAACCCCAGAAUCUGUGGGGAGCCACCCAAAAUCCCACAGAAAUUCACCCAAAUCCCACAGGGAUCCACCUAAAAUCCACGGGGAUCCAUCCAAAUCCCACAGAAACCCACCCAAAUCCCACAGAAGCUCACCUGAAACCCACAGAGACCCCCCCCAAAACCCACGGGGACCCCCCCCAGUGCCACCCCGAAUUCCUUUCGAGGCUUCUCCAGGACCAGGAACCCCCGAAAAUCCCACGGGAUCUUCCCCAAAAUCCCGACCCACGGCUCCUCCUGCCCCCCGUCUGCGCCCCCCACAUUCCCCAAACUCAUCGCUCCUCCUCCCCCAGGAAUUUUUUUGGGGGCCCCUGGAAUUUCCCCCCUCCCCUCCUUUCCCAGUCCUGUUUUUGGGUCAGGAUCGGGAUUUUUUGCUAUUUUUAGCAUUUUUUUUUUUAUUCCCCCCCCAUUCCGUGCCAGGCCCACAAAUCCCCCACAGCGCUGGAAUGUUCCAUCCCUCCAAGGUGGGGGGGGCAGAAAUUCCAGGGCUCCCCCUCCCCCCCAAAUUAAUCCCACCCCCCCUUCUUCACCCCAAAACAACCCUGGGGGGGGCUGGAAGUAGUUUGGGGGGGGUCCCAGUUAUUUUUUGGGGGUGGGGGAGAAUGAAUUGAGACCCCCCAAACUUCCCCCAGGUGUUUUUCUGGGGGGGUCCCGGGGGUCUCAAACCCCUCUAAUUGAUAUUUGGGGGGGGGGUCCCUGAGGUCUUGACCCCUUCCGUUAUUGAUAUUUGAGGGGGGUCUUGGGGGUCUCAACCCCCUUUUAUUGAUAUUUGAGGAGGGGGGUCUUGGGGGUCUCAACCCCCUUUUAUUGAUAUUUGAGGGGGGGGGUCCCAGGGGUCUCAAUCCCCCCCUUGUUAUUUGGGGGGGGUCUCUCUCACAUCCCCAUGGCCUGGGGGAGUCCUGGGGGUCUUUGACCCACUCUUAUUGAUAUUUGGGGGGGGGGUCUCACCCAAUUUUCAGGAUCCCCACUUUCCCCCUCCCCAAAAUCCCCCCCCUGGAUGGGAUGAACUCAACUCCCCCUCCCCAAAAUCCC